AUGUUUGAAUCAAUGAUUUAAUGCUUUGUCACUUUAGUCAAAGUCAAUAACUAAUGGCAUCCGAGAGAUACAGCUUUUCAUUGACGACAUUCAGUCCGUCGGGAAAAUUGGUUCAAAUCGAGUACGCGUUGGCCGCAGUGGCCGCGGGUGCGCCCGCUGUGGGCAUUAAGGCAUCAAAUGGUGUUGUAUUGGCCACCGAAAAGAAACACAAAUCCAUUAUAUAUGAAGAGCACAGCAUAUAUAAAGUGGAGGCCAUUACCGGACACAUCGGUCUCGUAUACAGCGGUAUGGGUCCCGACUAUAGACUACUUGUACGCAGAGCUCGUAAAAUAGCUCAACAAUAUUAUCUGUUGUAUAACGAGCCGAUCCCUACCAUACAAUUGGUUCAACGCGUGGCACAUAUUAUGCAAGAAUAUACCCAAUCGGGAGGCGUCCGACCCUUUGGCGUGUCUUUACUGAUAGCCGGUUGGGAUAAUGACAGACCUUAUCUGUUUCAAUGCGAUCCAUCUGGUGCAUACUUUGCAUGGAAGGCGACAGCAAUGGGAAAGAAUCACAUAAAUGGCAAAUCAUUUCUUGAAAAACGUUAUAGCGAAGAACUAGAAUUGGAAGAUGCGAUUCAAACGGCAAUACUUACAUUAAAGGAGGGAUUUGAGGGACAAAUGACUGCUGACAACAUUGAAAUCGGUAUUUGCGAUACACAAGGAUUCAGAAGAUUAUCACCGACUGAAGUAAAAGACUAUUUGGCAACAAUUGCUAUUUGAUUGCUAUAAAUCAAAUUGUUUUAACUUAUGUAUCUUUUUAUGAUUUGGAUAAAAUAAAAUCUGGUUAAUCCAUGAAAAC